AUGGGAAAGAAACAGAAUAGUACCACGACCGGAGAGCCGAAGAAGCAGAAACAACAGAAGGCACCUCCCGCGCCAGAGAUUCCGUUCCACGAGCAGCUGGGCAAGCAGUUGUCGGAGAAGUUCAUGACCAUUAUCGAACAGCAUGAUCGGACUCUAACAAGAUACUUCGAAGAGCAGAAGCCUCAGUAUGGGCAUUGUGUACGAAGAUGCUCGGAAGAGAGUUCGCUCAAGGAAGUCAUCUACACGACGACCGAUAUCGCCACCGCCGUGUCCAAGAUGUCGCUGGUGAGGGACGGCGAACACAAGAAGGCGCCCAAGCAGAAGACGAACUUUGUCCUCGACGACCUGAACUCGACGCAGAUCAUCGAGCAGCUUCUUUCGCACUACGGGAGAAUGACACAUAUGGGCGUUCGAGACCACUCAUACGAGUUCUGGCUCAACCCGUCGAGAACGGCUGUCAUCUCAUACCGGUUGUGCGGCAAGGUCGCGGUCAUCAGUGGCGAUCCUGUCUGUCCAGUCUGGCAGUAUCAAGAUGUGCUCAAAGAGUUCGGCAAGUGGUGCAAGUCACACGGGUAUCAGUACGCCAUAAAUGGAGCAAGUAAAGAGAUGGCUGUCGUUGCCAAGGAAUUGGCAUGGUCGACAAUCACUAUCGCCAAGGAGAGAUGCCUGAAUGUUCAAUCCAACCCUGUGCUUACUGGUUCUGAGGGCAAGAGAAUCCGGACGCAAUGCAAACAGCUGAUGAAAGCUGGCACACAACUUGGUAUCUACAGCCCGCAACAUCAGCGAGACUCUUCGAUCGAGCGAACGAUAGCGCAGAUCUACGAGGACUGGAGAGCGGAACGCAACAACACCACAGGUCCUCAGGCAUACGUCACUGUCUUCGAUAUGUUUGCGUUAUCACGACUGAUGACCUUCAUCUAUUCAUACGACGCACAAGGCACUAUCACAGGGUUCUCAGCACUCAGACAGCUGAAGGCCGGCUAUCACAUCGAUCCAUGCAUCACAAUCUCUACAGCAGCCCGAGGCACCGUGGACCUCCUGUUGAUUGCUUCGAUGGCCCUUCUGAGGGAAGCUGGCAUCGAUCGACUUGCGCUCGGCGUUGAGCCGCUCGACGAGAUUGGUGAAGUGACUGGUAUGUCAAGGACACUGGAGACCCUGACGAGGAAGUCACACAAGCUCGUCACUGCUGAGCUACCUUUAGGCGGCAAGAAGGGCUUCAACGAUCGUUUCAGGCCAGACGACAGCCUCGAAGAGCCAUUGUUUCUUGUCUAUCCGAACUCGCCCAGCGUCCGGCAGCAGGUAGCUAUGGCGCACUUCUCGAACGUCCAGUUGCACAAAGCUCUCAAAGCGCGAUACCACCGGGAAGUCGAUACCAAGAUCAAGGGCUAUUGGAGGCGGAGACAAGAUGGGAGAAUAAUGGAGAGUACCGCUGAGGUCAAUGUCGUAGUGGCACAGUCAGUUACUGUCGCUGCAUGA